CAAACAAGGAUAACCGCGGCCAGUAACGUGUCACAGUUGAGGCUGGGUAGCGACGCCGCCAUGUUUCCCGUCGCUUUUGUGAUUCUCUGGAUAGUCUCGUCUCGUAUCUAUCUGUCUGUAUGUACAAACUGUACAGAUGAACGACAGAAAAUGAUAUUAAAAUAUGAUUCAGUUGUACUAAACGGUGUAAGUACACUGAUAUGUGAAAGCACUGAAUUCCACUUGAAGGACAAAUGGCCAACCGUGAUAAUUCUGAGUGGGACUCAAAAAGUUUGGAAACAUAAGUGUUACUAUGACAAUAGAAAAGAAUGGGAUGUUACAACAUUUAUAAACACACCAGAGGGCGCUGUAGGGAAUGUGACGACAUUCGUAAAAGGGCUAAGUAAAAAGCACAGUUGCAUAUUUUAUUUACAUAAAAAUAUUAAUAUGAUUGAACCCCAAGUACAGUUAGAGGACGGGAACUACACGAAACUGAAUUGUUCAUUCAAAAUUCAUAUGAAGUAUAAUUGGAAAAAUUUAACACUUCACAUCAACUCAGAACCAAUGAAAAUAAAACCAGUGUUCGAUUUGAAAGAAGUGGAUACUAAAUAUGUGUACGAAUUCGUCGAAAAUGAAUUAGUAAAUGUACAAUGCAAUAAACCGACUCAAGAACACGGACGUCUACAUUUCGUGUAUUCACGCAAUAACUUCAAUUACUCCAGUGAUAUAAAAUCUCGGGACUCUGUCUCCUUCGAUGUUUUAUUGGGAAUAAAACAAAAUUAUAGUCAUGUGGAUUGCGUAUUCUCAAAACAAAGUGAUACCAUCACGUUAAGGAUCUACUUUCUUUUGAUAAAUCGAAAAGCAAUCCGAGUGAAUGGUUUGGCUAUAAGGCGACAAGGGGACAAUCUGUUUUAUGAGUACGAUCAAGAUCUGCCUUCCGUGUGCUGUGUAGAUACUAUUGUAACACUAAUCAACAAAACAGACAAGUAUCAAGAGUUUGACGCCCAAGCGAAGUGCAGUGUGGAGGGUAAAAAUAAGACUCUAAUUAUUACGAAGAAUAUUCCUGCAAGUGGUUUUUUCAUCGAAGGUUUGUCUAUUAAAAACUUGGUACUAAAAACAUGCGACGCGAAAUUCUGUUUAAUAUACUAUGAGUACACAGACGGCGACGUGCUGAAAUUGAAGGGAUCUUCUGAUAAUGUCAUCUGCGAUCGAAACGAUUAUCUAUCUUCAAAUGGUUAUUAUGUACUUCCGAUGAAAUUUGAUGAUGACAUGAAAAGUAUAACUUGUUUUAUUGCCGGUAACACAGACCACAAAACUACAGUAAAAUUCCUCGUUUCUGAAAAAACAAAAGAAGAUCAAAAUCCCGAAAUCACAGCAGGCGAUGAUUCGAACGGGAGUUCUGAAGAUAGUAAUAAUAUUGCGACAGGUUCCAAUUCUGGAUAUUCUCCAACCAAAGGUGAAAAUUUCUUUGAGGACCAUCUUAAGCUUUUAGUGGGGAUUGGAUUAUUCCUCAUUAUACUAUUGUUGGUGUUAGCUAGUGUCGUCUGCCUACUCAGAAAGCGAAGGAAGCCAACCACAGAGGGUGUACAGUCGGACGUAGAUUACGUCAACUUAGACCAUAAAAACAUUGAGCAAUUCCCAAAGCGAUUGAACACUGAUGUGUACCUUAAACCGGAAGAAUCUAGCGACUACUCCGUCCCGGUGGAUAACAGCAUCGAUGCGAACCUGUACAGCGUGCCGUACAAACCCAAGCCUAACGAAGAACUUUACGCCAAACCAGUGCCGAAGAACCAACGCUAUGUCAACGGCGAUGAAGUCAAAUAUGCAGCAAUUGUGUUUAAAAAACCUGAAUGUACGUACUCCAAUGUCAAUAAAAAAGGCAACACAGAGUGUGCGUACGCGCAAGUGCAAGUCAGACCUGAAGACAUGUACGCUCAAGCGCAGCCGAAAGGUGAAAGAAACAAAGGCUCUCAUCCGACGGAUCUUAAUAGUGCGGACUACGUUGAACCUAGUUACUGUGAGGUUGGCGCUUUAAGGAAAUAAGUUUUUUUACAGGAGCAAAGGAGUAAGUUCAACUGAUAGUGACGAUAGACAUGUAUAUUACGUGAAUCGCCGCGUAUUGCUGAUCUGAAGCGUAGGAAUAACCUUUUGUGAAUAUGUACGUCGUAACGUUGUGAAAAAAUAAACGUAACCGAUAGUUUAUAGUUUAGUUAGUUAACGGAUUAUACCAAAUAUUAUAAUAGUCUUACCCCCUUAUUGAUAAACAUUAUUUAUCUAAGGACGGAGCUGUGGUAACAAGACUGUUUCUCAGUGUUGACGGCAUGGCAGCCUUAGAAGUCCGUAGACAUGGGCCACUGUUAUAGGCUAAUAUUGAGAUACAACUUUAAUCUAGUUGGCUGUCAGAUAAACAAAGCUGAGACACAGACUUGUUAUGACAGCAAUGCUCCGUCCUUAGAUAAAUAACGUUUACGAAUACGGCCGAUAAUGUUUACGUACCUAGCAUAUUUAUUGAUGGAUACAUGUGGAGUAAGGUUGUGAUCAGUUGUACUCAACUUUUAUUUUAGUCGCGCCUCAAACACGUUUAAAUAAGGUGCCCUGAGUUAGAGAGUCAAGUCGUUGACCUAUGUAAUUGUUUAAAAACGAAAUUAUAUUCCAAUAUUUUAAUAAAAAGUAUUUCUUUGAAGGUCA